GAGGGAAGCACCGGCGGUGAUGGCGGCGGCCGGGCCGGAGCUGUGCCCGCACUGCCGGCGGCCCUUCAAGCGGCUCCGCGCGCACCUCCCGCACUGCAAGGCCGCGCCGGCAGCACCGCGAGCGAGCCCCCAGCCCUCCGCCGUCACCGGCGGCGGCCCGGCGCCGAGCCCAGCCCCGGCUGCCCGCCCGGCCCCCGGGAGCGGCUCCCGCGCCGUGCGGGACGUGGCCCGGAGCCUGGAUCUGCACCCCGAGGAGGUGGAGGACGUGCCCAAGAAGCUGCAGAAAGGGGUGAAGGUGGUGAUCGAGAAGCACCGAGCCCGGGUGGUCAGGGAGAAGGAGCCGCGGAGCGGGGCGGGAGCGGCGCGGGGCCGCGGGGAAGGGACGGAGCCCGGCCCCGCUCCCGCCCCGCAGCGCCGCAAAACUGCCCCGAAAUCCAAGGGCAAGGAGACUCGGAGCCGGGGAGCCGUGGGGAACGGGACGGGGAGCUCCGAGGGAGAAAAGAGCGGUUUAAAGGCAGCAAAGACACUUCAAGAGCCCGCUGAGAGCAGAGACAGCCCCGGUGACCUCGUCCGGCGGGAGGGAAGAGACAAAACCAGGGCAGGAGGGCAGCGGGUGCACCUGGAAGUUGGGGCGGGAUCUGAACCCCCCGCGGGCGCUUGGCAUCCCGGGAUCCUCCAUCCGUCACCGGCGGAGGCGCUCGGAGGUGGCGGCCAGGGGACAUCCAGAAAGGAGCUCAGCCUGCAGGGGCCGCGGGCCGGCGGCGAGCGAGUGCCCGAGCCCCUCCCGAGCCUGGCUCUGCUCCACACUCUGCCCAAAACCCAGCCCACCUCCUCACGGCAGGCCCCUGGCAGCAGCGCCAGGGCCGGCGCCACGGGCUUGGAGUGGUUUCCAGACUUGUAUCCUGAUUGGGAAGGGCUGAGGAUUUUUCCAGGGAAGCGUUUCCACGAGGAUGUGAGGAUCGCGGCGGAGACGCCCAAGGGUGGUUUGGCACGGGGGCAGCAAGGUCCCCUCUGGGAGAGGCCCCUGAUGGAGGUGAGGCUGGGCGAGCUGCACACCUGGAUCAGCACCUGCAACUUCUCUCCCCAGGGGCUGCUGGCAGCAGUGCAGAGAGCCUGGAGCAGUUAUUGUGCCAAAUACAUCCACGUGAAGCAGGGGGGACCUGCUGGAAUCUCCAUGCUCCUGGCUGGGUACUGCCUGCUCAGCUAUGGCUGGAACUAUCAGCACCUCAAGCGGCACCGCUGGCGAAAAUACCACUGAAGGAGCUGGAGCAGCACCCAGGGAACAGCCACAGCUCCUGGGGAGGCAGCAGAGCACCCAGGACCAGGAUCCCAGCAGGAAUUCCCAGCAGCAGGGGCCUGGCUGGGGCUGGAGCUGAGGAGGAGCCCCUUUGCAGGUCAGCUUGUGUAGCAGAGAGGUGACAGCCUGUGGCCACCCCUCCUGGUCAGGCAGCUUUUAGUAGUGAAAUGAGAAAGCAUUAGAGGCACCCUGAGAGAUCUGUGGGGGCAGGAGAGCUCCUGGAGGCUGCAGAGUCCCAGAUCCCUUGUUUGGGACAGCACCGUGUCCUGAGCUGUCAUUAGAGAUUUGACAAUUCUGCUGUAGCUGUGUGGACUUCAACCCCAAGAAUCAUUCCCUUUAAAUUCAGAGCUCUGCCUGGCCCGACCCAGUUUGUACUCACCCCUUGUACUGGUGGGACUGGCCAGGACCUGUGUGGAGGCACUGGAGCAGCAGCUCAGACCACAGCACCCUAAUUCUGGGGAAGAAAAAUCCGUGGGCUGAACUGUUGUGCCCAAAGGGCAAACUCGUGCCUGCAGCAGGCAGACCAGGACAGCCAGCAGUGCUAGUUGGAGCCUGCCAUUCCCAGACAUGUCUGGGAAAGGGUUGCUCACAUUGCAGGCAUGAAGGACAAAAAAAAAAACAAACCCGAGAAUUAAAAGUCUGAGCUCUUUAUUCUGCAGAGUGCAGUAGUGCUGUGACAGAGGUGUUGCACCAAAAAGUCUCUCACCAGCAAUAAAAACCUGUGUGGAUUCUCCUUUCCUGCUAGG